AUGCACCAGGACAACGGAGGCAGGGGAGGACGUCUCUUCUCCACGGCGCUGUCCGGAAUCGACAUCGCCUUGUGGGACCUCAAAGGCAAAGCCCUGGGUGUCCCAGUCUACAAGUUACUCGGCGGGCCGAUACGAGACAAGAUCCGCGUCUACGCCAACGGUUGGUAUACGAAUCCAGGUACGCCCGAACAAAAUGCCGAAGAGGCGCUGCGGGUGAUCGAAAUGGGCUAUACCGCCAUGAAGUUCGACCCCUUUGGCCACCACAACUACUACACGAUCUCACCCGAGGAGGCACAGCUCGCUGAGGACCGAGUAGCCGCAGUAAGGGAAGCCGUCGGGCCCAACAUCGAAAUACUCGUCGAGGUCCACGCCAAGUUCAACGUGUACACCGCAGUCCUUCUUGGCCAGCGGCUCGAAAAGUACAGACCCUUCUGGUUCGAGGAGCCAGUCUCCCAGGAGAACGUUGGCGAGAUGGCACAGGUGCGCGAGAAAGUAAACAUCCCGAUCGCGACUGGUGAGCGUCUUUAUUUGAAAUUCCCUUUCUACGAGCUCGUGAAGGCAGACGCUGUCGACAUUCUCCAGCCCGAUAUGUGCAACGCUGGGGGAAUCACCGAGCUAAAGAAGAUUGCCGCGAUAGCCGAACCCCGCCAUGUCCUAAUGGCGCCGCACAACACCAAUGCCGCUGUUGGCACUGUCGCCAGCCUCCACCUCGAUGCAGCUACUCCCAACUUCCUAAUCCAGGAGUAUCACGCCGAGUUCUACGAACCUCACUACUUCGAUGUGUUCGACGGACUGCCCAGGCAGAAAGACGGCUAUGUCGAUCUCCCCGAUGGCCCAGGUCUUGGACUGACCUUCAACGAAGAAGUCGCCGAAGCGCAUCCAUACAUGCCUCUGGGCCUCGGUGAACGUGGUAUUUGA